UCCUAACGCCUGGCAGCCUCCAUCGAUGCACUCGAAAGCUCGGCUGACGCUGCCUGGCGGUGAAACCAGGAAGGCGGUGAGCUUAAACUGAAGUAAGUUCUGUGGACGCCGGCGGCGCCCAGAUUUGAAGAAACGUUUCCAGAUCUGCGGCGCUUGUAAGUCUACGGGAGGUGUAAGCCCGAAGGCCGGAAUCCAGAAAUGGGACGCCGGUCAUCUGAUACUGAAGAAGAAAGCAGAAGCAAGAGAAAAAAGAAACACCGUAGACGGUCUUCUUCAAGUAGUUCUUCAGAUAGUAGAACAUAUAGCCGAAAGAAAGCUGGAAGGAAAUCAAGGUCAAAGUCAAGAUCUUGGUCCAGAGAUCUUCAGCCUCGCUCACAUUCUUAUGAUAGAAGACGCAGGCAUCGAUCGAGCAGUAGCUCUUCUUAUGGCUCUAGAAGAAAACGAAGUCGAAGUCGUUCAAGGGGUCGAGGGAAAUCCUAUAGAGUUCAGAGGUCUAGGUCAAAAAGCAGAACAAGAAGGUCCCGAUCAAGACCACGUCCACGUUCCCAUAGUCGAAGCAGUGAAAGGUCCAGUCACAGAAGAACACGUAGUCGGUCUCGGGAUAGAGAACGACGUAAAGGCAGAGAUAAGGAGAAAAGAGAAAAGGAAAAGGAUAAAGGCAAGGACAAGGAAUUACACAGCAUCAAACGUGGGGAAUCUGGAAGCAUCAAAGCUGUAUUAGAACAUCUGCCACCAGCUGAACAGGCCAAAGCAAGACUACAACUGGUUCUUGAAGCUGCUGCAAAAGCUGAUGAAGCAUUGAAAGCCAAAGAAAGAAAUGAAGAAGAAGCAAAGAGAAGAAAGGAGGAAGACCAAGCCACCCUGGUAGAACAAGUAAAAAGAGUCAAAGAAAUUGAAGCCAUUGAAAGUGAUUCUUUUGUUCAGCAAACAUUCAGAUCAAGUAAAGAAGUCAAAAAGUCAGUGGAACUUAGUGAAGUGAAGCAUGCAGCUGCAACAUCAGGACCAGCAUCAGUAGUGGCUGACCCACUGAGUAAUGAAAAAGAAAUAGACCCUAGCAGCAUCCCCACUGCUAUCAAGUACCAAGAUGACAAUUCUCUGGCCCAUCCAAAUUUAUUUAUUGAGAAAGCUGAUGCUGAAGAAAAGUGGUUCAAGAGAUUAAUUGCCCUCCGACAGGAAAGGCUAAUGGGCAGUCCUGUGGCCUAAAGUUAUGUUCAUCUGGUUGAAUUAACAGUAACAUUGGAAAUUUAGGUUUUUAAAUCCCAGUAUUAACUCUUAAAAAUAAGAUAGCUUAUUAUAUAAAAAGGUAACCUCAUUUCAUUCUUUUCUCAUGUAGGCUUGAAUAUUUGUUGAGUUGAACUUAAUCAAAUAUUGUGAAUAUUAAAACUAGUGUAAAGUUUAAGAAUGCAUGAAAAUGUCAUACUGUUAAUAAAGCUAAUCCUGAACAUA